GGGGGACGAGGGGGCCAAGGGACCAGGCCCUCCCGGGGGCCGGCUCGGGGUGUGGCAGUUGGGAGACAAUUGGAGGGAGGGGUUCACUGGGCCUGGGAAUGCAGCCAAAGGGAACCCCACCAGGUGGCCUUUGGGUCUCCCCGGCCCUCGGCAAUCAUAGCUGGGAGAUGAUAGGAGACGCAGCUUGCCGAGCCUGCCCUGAAGGGCUGAAUAAUUCAAAGGGAAGGUCACACGAGCCCCCCCACGUCCCAGGCUUCCUCCCCCUGCCCCACCCGGCAUCUGGUUACCACCCCGGAUCAGAUUCUGCCAUCCCAGCCGGUGAAUAAUUAACCUGCCCGCGGGCCCCGUCCCCACCCCAGGCGGCCCUUGGGAGGCCUCAGGUGCCGUGAGGACACUGUUGGGCCGAAGCCUGGGUCCAGUCUGGGAACGGGAGCUCUCCGGGCGCUCCCAGUGCUCUUCCUUCCCGCAGCGCCUUCCUCCCCGCUUCCGAGCCCGAGAUGGAGCAGUUCUACCGGUCCACGAUGGCCAUCUACAAGAGCAUCAUGGAGCAGUUUAACCCGGCCCUGGAGAAUCUCGUCUACCUGGGCAACAACUACCUCCGUGCCUUCCACGCGCUGUCGGAAGCGGCCGAGGUCUACUUCAGAGCCAUCCAGAAGAUCGGGGAGCAAGCCUUGCAGAGCUCCACCUCCCAGCUCUUGGGUGAGAUCCUGGUCCAGAUGUCGGACACCCAGCGGCACCUGAACAACGACCUGGAAGUGGUGGUGCACACUUUCCACGAAGACCUUCUGCAGCACAUGGAGAAGAACACCAAGCUGGACAUGCAGUUUAUCAAAGACAGCCGCCAACACUAUGAGAUAGAAUAUCGCCAUCGGGCCGCCAACCUGGAGAAAUGCAUGUCGGAGCUGUGGAGGAUGGAGAGACAGAGAGAUAAGAAUGCACGGGACAUGAAGGAGAGCGUGAACAGGCUGCACGCCCAGAUGCACGCCUUCGUCUCCGAGAGCCAGAAGGCGGCCGAGCUGGAGGAGAAGAGGCGCUACCGGUUCCUGGCCGAGAAGCACCUGCUCUUAUCCAACACCUUCCUGCACUUCUUCGGCCGGGCCCGGAGCAUCCUCCAGAGCAAAGUUAUCUUGUGGAAGGAGCAGUCGGAAGCCAGCCGGAACCCCUCCCGUGCCCACUCCCCGGGCCUGCUGGGCCCCAGCCUUGGGUCAGCCUACCUCUCGGGCCGCCUGACCCCCACCCGCCUGGAGAUGCCCCAGAGGUCUCUGGGAGACUUCAGCUCUCCCCGGAGCCGGCAUAGCUCGGGCUCCUACGGCCAGGAGCCCGGCGAGGGGAGACCUUUGUCCCAACUGGAGCCGGAUCGUAUGCCCCUGCCCCGGACGCCGUCAUCCACCUCCCUGUACGCCGGCAGCGCCCCGCGGUCCCGCUCCAACUCGUUCGGGGAGCGCCAGGGCAGCGGCAGGGGCCCCCGGCGAGCUCAGGCCUUGGUCUCCCACUCGGACAACGCCAACCGAACCUUGCUGCCCUUCUCCGCCGGCGACGUCGUCCAGGUGCUGGUGCCCGAAGCCCAGAAUGGCUGGCUCUACGGCAAGCUGGAGGGGUCGUCCGCGAGCGGCUGGUUCCCCGAGGCCUACGUGAAGCUCCUGGAAGAUCUGCCCGUGGCUGAGGUGCCCUCCAGGGCCUACCCACUGCGGGGCACUCACAGCCUGGACAACCUCCUGGACCACCCCGUGAGCACCUCGGCGGCCUCCGAGUACUGGGACGGCCAUUCCCGGCCCCACACCCCCAGCAGGACGACCAGCCGGGCGACGAGCCGAGCCCCCUCUCCCCCCCCGCCCCCCGCCAGCAGCCGCCGGAGCAGCGUGGGCAGCAUGGGGAUAGCCAGUGACGGCAAGAAGCAGACGGCCUGGGAGCAGCAGCCCCCCGAGCUCUUCCCCCGAGGCACCAACCCCUUUGCCACGGUGAAGCUUCGUCCCACCGUCACCAACGACCGCUCGGCCCCCCUCAUCCGCUGAGGGUCCCCUGCCCUGGGGAGCGUCUCCCACGUGCAGACCCAGCCUCUCCCAGCAUGCAGCAGAAGCCCCAGAAAGCACCUGGAAACCUCCGGUGUCCAAGCCGAAGAUCUCGGGGAUAUGGGGGUCCAGGGCACGAGCCCUCUGCCCACCCUCUCCCCAGCCGGGGCAGAUUCUGAAGCAAGGGAGACCGCGCUCCCCAACGAAACAGGGUGACCCCGGGGUCAGGGUGCCCGGCCAGCAGGGCCCAGCAAGGGGGAGAGUCAGCGGGGGCCAUCUUCAACCGCCCCCUCGUCCAUCCAACCAUCAACCCAUCCAUCUGUCCAGCCAUCCACCAGCCAUCCGAUCCAACCACCCAGCCAUCCACCCCCGUCCGAUCCAACCACCUGUCCAUCUGUCCAGCCGUCUGUCCGCUCCAACCACCCAGCCAUCCACCCCCGUCCGAUCCAACCACCUGUCCAUCUGUCCAGCCGUCCGUCCGCUCCAACCACCCAGCCAUCCACCACCCGUCCGUCCGCUCCAACCAUCUGUCCACUGUCCAUUUAUCCGUUCGUCCGACCAUCCACAUCCAUCCAUCCGACCGUCCCCCCCCCCUCCCCCAGGGGCCAGCUGCAGCACGAGGCGGCCCCCUCCCUUUGCUGCUGCUUCCUCUCCCAUCAUCCCCCCCGGAGGCCCGAGGAGCUCCCCUCCCCUCCCCUCCCCAGUCUGUUUGAUUGUGUAAGUGGGGAGGAAUUAAAGCAGGUGGAGCAGACAAA